ACCUCCAUUUUGAAGAGUAUGGCUUCAAACGUCGGCCUCGGUGUUUGCCUUGCGAUUGGCGUAAUUUUAAGACUGUCAUUGUUCAGAACAGACAUUCCACAAUGGUUUUCAAAUCGCGUGGAAAUAAGUAAUGCCUUGACAUCUUGGCAGAAAGCUUUGGAUGGAAUUUCUCUGGCAGAUAACGACAUAUCACCAUACAGUGGGGACCUCUUCCAUGAGACUCCUAUCAUGCUAAGAGUUUUCAGUUUUGUCACCAAGUUGAUGCCAAAUAAAAUACACUAUUUCUUUGUGUUUAUAGAUAUCCUCAGUGGACUGGUUAUUGCGAGUAUUGGGAAGCACUUCAGUAGAUACUUGUUACAGAAACAGCUGUCAGAAGUGAAGAAGUAUGCUGUUGGUGUGGAAAAGAUCAUUGUGAAGAAAGAUGACGUGGAUGUGAUGCAGAUGUCGUUGGUUGCUGCGCACUUCCUGAAUCCCUAUAGUAUAGCAGUAUGCUUGGGCAAGUCUACAGCUGUAAUUAACAACCUCUUUAUCUACCUCUCCUUCAUGUUUAUGCUGAAAGGGAACCAGUGGUUGUGUAUGGCUGCUAUAGCAUUUGCCUCAUACCAGUCGCUGUAUCCCAUCAUGCUUGUUGUACCAGCUGCCAUCUUUUUCAAUACUAAGUUGUCUAAUGCUAAGAAAUCUAAGGAAUCGGCUACUGUACCAAAGUAUGGUGGGUCGGCAAUGAUUGGUAUAGCUUUAACAGCAGCCUUGUUCAUUGUAUCAUAUUUUAUGGAACAUUCCUGGAAGUUCCUUCAUGCAACCACUGGAUUCAUACUUGGUGUACCAGACCUGACCCCUAACAUGGGAGUAUUUUGGUACUUCUUUACCGAGAUGUUUGAGCAUUUCCGUCCAUUCUUCAUCUGUGUGUUUCAGAUCAAUGCAUUCCUAUAUACAGUGCCUCUAGCUAUCAAACUAAGAGAUCACCCAGUUUUCCUGGCCUAUGUUCUUGUCACGCUGAUGUCAAUAUUCAAAUCUUAUCCAAGCUACGCUGAUGUUGCGAUAUUUGUGACUUUACUGCCAAUGUGGAGGCAUGUCUUUACAUAUAUGAGAAACACAUUCAUUGUAACCAACAUGUUUUUAUGUUGUACGGUGCUGUCUCCUAUACUGUGGCAUCUUUGGAUAUACGCUGGAAGUGCCAACGCAAACUUCUACUUUGCUAUAGCUCUGACAUUCUCUACAGCUCAGAUAUUCCUGAUCACAGAUUUACUGUUUGCCUAUCUACGGAGGGAAUUUGAUCUCAAGAAUGGAAUCAAACAUAAAAUAGAUGGCAAGGAUGCUCAAGUGAUUCUGGACUGAACAUAUCAACUUAGGCAGGGAACCAGUUAAAUGUUGUUUCAUUUAUGACUGAAUAGCUUUAAGCAGUGUCUCUAUGGAAACCUGUAAUAUAACAGUAAUCAUCAGCUAAUCAGACAUUUCUAUUAAAUGCAGGGAACCAGUUAAAUAUUGUGUUGUCUGUGACUGAGUGGUCUGUGCCACUAUCAGAAAGGGAACCAGUCAAAUACUAGUUAUCAGGAACUUGUUUGAUCUUUAUACUAGUAUGCUGGGAACCUGUUAAGUGACUGAACAGGUUCAUCUGGUAUCCCAGAAAUUCCAAGCACAUAUCUAGAACCAGUCAAAUUCUUUCAUGCUGGGAACCAUUUAGCUGUGCGUUAUCAGAAACUGAAUAACUUCAACCUGUAGUUCUAGGAACCCUGGCACAUGAGCAGGACCAGUCUCUUCUUGAUAAUUUUAUUUUCUUGUUCUGUUUUUAUGGUAGCAUACAGUAUAUGAACUCUCUGUCUGUUGGUGAGUAUGUGUGUAACACUUCCUUGUGUACUUGGCUCAUACAGUUUCCAUCCAGCUGAAACUUGGUAUACAUCAUCUCUGUAAAUAUGAUGUGGGCAUGACCAUAUUGUCAAGACUGUCUUAUCUGAUUGUUUUUAAUAAUGUCCUUUGUUUAGACUUUAAAAUGUUACAACUAUGUCAGACUAUUGUGUUCUUAAACUGAAAUACUUGGUAUACAUCAUCAACAUGAAAUUGACAUGUGCAUAUUAAUAGGACUUUCAUGUUUGAUUUACUGCCCUGUUUUAUACAUCAUUUGUUAGCUCGUCAGCAUUUUCAUAGAGCUUGCGUCUGACAAUGUUUACAUCAUUCAUGUUACAUUGUGUUUUUUUAGACAUCAUAGGCGGUAAAAAUUGUUUGGUUUUAAUACAUGAUAGUCAUCUCAUUAUAUAACAUUAUGCUGUGCAACCCAUUUAUAAUGGUCAUUCAG